GAUAUAUCGAAAAAAUUGUGGUGUCAAUUUUUGUUAUUCUUUAUCAGCACUUUGUCUUUUUUGCUUAUCCCAGCAGUUUUAAAGAUAUUUCCAGCUUCUUCAGUAUUUGCAACGAAAUGUCACGAGUUUACUCUGCCCUGGAGUUUGAAGAGGCAAUUCUGGCCAACAGUCCGGAAUGUUUCUUCACCUUGGGUCAACUGGGCAGAGUUCAAGCCAAGCCCAUUGUCCGAAUUGAAGAUGAAGACACGGACGAUGAGUGCUUUGAGGACUUGAAAGUGCAAGCACUGUUUCAGAAGCUAAAUCCACGCCCGGAAGUUCCCGGACAACUGCUCAAGCCGGAAUCACAGUUUUGCGACAAGGAGAUCACGAGGCUGAUCCAGGAGACGCACUUGCUUGGCAAGAAGCAGGGCAGACAAACAGUCAUGGGGAAUGCGCCGAACCCAAAGAAUUACAGCAAGAAGAGUAAACCUAUCGUGAUUUCCUCAUCUUCAAGCGAUUGUGUCGAAAUCGUGGAAGAGCCUAAGAAGAAGCCGAAGAAGAGGCGCACAAAGCUUCUGCUCAAUCCGGCUGCACUGCAGAUAAGCAAGACAGCCUCUACCGAAGCGCCAAAGCCUGAAACUCCUGAGCCUCCUGAACUUUUGUCGUCGGAAAAGACUCCAAAGCCUGAUAAGAAUCAACAGAAGCCAAAGGAGAAAUUCUAUUCGCCCAAAGAAUUGUACGAGCUGAAGAAGGGACUUGAAAAAGCUCACUGAAGCUGAUAAUCUGGCCAGCAGUCUCCCAAAGAGUCUCUAAUUAAGUGCAUUUUACCUUGAAGUGAAAAGACUGUUGGCUUAAUGCUCAAGACGGAUGAUGAAUGUAAGUUUUUCAGUGGUCACAAAGAUUUGUGCCAUCAGAUAUGAUCCCAUGGAUCACUCAUGAGUUACUGCAGAGUUGUGCCUUUACAUGCUCUCUCAACAUGUUGACGAAUUUCAAGUAAACUUUGCAAUGAACUUUCUUAGCAUUGUUAAAGAUUGAAGAGAUAAUAGUGCGUUAAAAAUGGAUUUAAAAAAAUAUUUGUAAUCAGAUCAUUUUUUACGUUUUUAAUGAGGAUUUUCACAACUAAUAAAAUGAAAAUAAAUGUUAUGAGUAAAUGAAUUAUA